AUGUCUUCAGUUAAUCGUAGUCUCCUAUCAGCCUCCCGCUCGUUACGUUUACAACCAAGAACCAUCUUGCAAAGAACAUCACCAUUAAGUGUAUCCUCGCGUGCAACAACAGCGAAACUUGGAGCUACGAUACGAUUAAACCACCCCGCCUACACCCGCUCUCCUGCUUCGUCUUCCCCAUUCUCAACAACUACCACGCAACGAUCCGCUCCCGCCAUGCCUCAAGAAGGAAGAGAAUACGAUCCUGAGAUCAAGGAUAUUGCCAAUUACGUGACUAAGCCGAUUGACUCUGAAUUAGCUUUUGACACCGCACGAUGGGUUUUCCUUGAUACUCUAGGUUGUGGACUUGAGGGUCUACGAUUUAAGGAAUGCGCUAAGCUACUUGGCCCAGUUGUCCCAGGAACUGUCGUCCCCAACGGUACUAGGGUCCCUGGUACCGACUUCGUUCUCGACCCCGUCAAUGGUGCCUUCAACAUCGGUGCUACGAUCCGAUGGCUUGAUUACAAUGAUUGCUGGUUAGCCGCAGAAUGGGGCCACCCCUCAGACAACUUGGGCGCUAUCCUGGCCGUUGCCGACUGGGUUAACCGCACCAACAAAGCUGGCGGCAACCUAGCCGGAGGCAAGAUCUUUACCGUUAAGGACGUUCUCGAGGGCAUGAUCAAGGCGCAUGAGAUCCAGGGUUGUCUGGCACUACUUAACUCGUAUAACAAAGUCGGUCUUGACCAUGUUGUGCUCGUUAAAGUUGCCAGUACCGCGGUUGUAUCCCACAUGCUCGGAUUGAGCGAGAAGCAAAUCGCCGACGCCGUUACCCAGGCUUGGGUUGACGGACAGAGCCUGCGAACCUAUCGACACUCUCCGAACACCAUGUCCCGAAAGUCAUGGGCUGCCGGCGAUGCUUGUCAAAGAGCCGUCAACCUUGCGUUGAAGGUCGCGAAGGGCGAGCCCGGUAUUCCUACUGUAUUAUCUGCGCCUGUGUGGGGUUUCUACGACGUCCUGUUCAAGGGCAACAAGUUCGAGUUCCAGCGUCCUUACGGCAGCUACGUGAUGGAGAACGUUCUAUUCAAGGUCUCGUAUCCAGCCGAAUUCCACUCGCAGACUGCGGUAGAGGCUUCCCAGAAGAUUCACAACAAGCUGAAGGACUUAGGUAAGUCUGCAGCUGAUAUUAAGGGUAUUACCUGUAGGACACAUGAGGCUUGCAUCCGGAUCAUCGACAAGCAAUUCAAGCCGAUGGACAACUUUGCGGACCGCGACCACUGUAUCCAGUACAUGUGCUCGGUUAUGCUCGUAUUCGGGCGCUUGGAGGCGACCGACUACACUGACGGCGGCGAGGCGGCGACGUCCCCGUUAGUUGAGUCGCUCCGCCAGAAGAUCAAGUGUGUCGAGGACCCGCAGUUUACCAAGGACUACCACGACCCGGAGCUACGUACUAUCUCUAACGCCCUGACGGUCGAGCUGAACGAUGGUACGAUCCUGGAUGAGGUUGUUGUUGAGGCUCCUCUAGGACACCGCCUAAGAAGAGAAGAAGCCAAGCCGCACAUUCUAGCCAAGUACAAGCGACACCUAGGACCACAUUUCUCUGAGUCGCAAGUUAAGGAGCUUAUCGAUCUAGGGAUGAAUGGCAAGAAAUUAGAGACUACGGCUGUGGACGAAUAUGUUGACAAAUAUGUUGUGAAGAACAGCCCUUUUGUCUAG